AAAAUAAAAAGAGUCGAAAGAGAAAAGAGAACUUGUCUACUGCUUCCCUCCAUCUCAAAUUCAUGAGAUGGUAUAAAAAUAGCCGCAAGGGUGAAACAUUUUUAUUUCCCAUUCUUCUCCAUAUCCUCAAGUCUCUCACAAAAUCAUCAUCAUCAUCCCCACCUUGUUCAUUUCAACAAAAUGAACGGUGAUCACACCCCUAAUCUCAACCCUGAUGAUCCCAAGACACCACUUCUCCCAGUCCAUGAUCCAAUUCAAAGGUCACCAAGUUCCAAUUCGUCUCUAACUUCCCUCUUCACACCAAACAAUUUCUACAUCUUGCUAGGACCCCUUCUGUGCACCCUUAUAUGUCUUUUGGUCAAGCUGGAUGCUCCGGUGACUAGCAUAUACAUGUUAGCUAUUCUUGCUUGGAUAUUUUCUUGGUGGUUCACUGAGGCUGUGCCUAUGCCCAUCACCUCCAUGGCACCUCUCUUUCUGUUUCCUCUAUUUGGAAUUGCUUCUGCUGAUAGUGUUGCUCGAUCUUACAUGGAUGAUGUGAUUGCUCUUGUUCUUGGGAGCUUCAUUCUUGCUCUUGCUGUUGAGCAUUAUAACAUUCACAAAAGAUUGGCAUUAAAUAUGACGAUGCUGUUCUGUGGAGAUCCAUUGAAUCCACCACUGCUCCUCCUUGGAAUUUGUGCCACCACAGCAUUUGUCAGCAUGUGGAUGCACAACGUGGCAGCGGCUGUUAUAAUGAUGCCAGUAGCCACUGGUAUCUUACAGCGUCUGCCAAGGGGUCCCACUCAAUCCAGCGUUGUGGGCAAAUUCUGCAAAGCAGUGGUUCUUGGGGUCAUAUAUUCUGCAGCUAUAGGAGGGAUGAGUACCUUGACAGGGACAGGCGUUAAUCUGAUAUUAGUGGGUAUGUGGAAGAGCUAUUUUCCUGAGGCAAAUCCCAUCAGCUUUAACACGUGGUUCUUCUUUGGGUUUCCUUUAGCUUUGAUGAUUUUCUUUGCUUUGUGGGCCAUUCUUUGUUUGCUGUAUUGCUCAAAGGGCUCAGGACAGGUCCUUUCUGCUUAUUUGGACAAAGCCCACCUUAAGAGUGAGCUUGAAUUAUUAGGUCCGAUGGCUUUUGCUGAAAAGAUGGUAUUGGCUGUUUUUGGGAUGCUAAUAGUCCUAUGGAUGACAAGAAGCAUAACGGAUGACAUUCCUGGUUGGGGAGCUCUCUUCAAUGGACUUGCCGGCGAUGGAACCGUUAGUGUUAUGAUGGCAACCUUAUUGUUCAUAAUUCCAAACAAGAAGCAGAGGGGUGAGAAAUUGAUGGACUGGAACAAAUGCAAGAAACUACCAUGGAACAUUGUGUUGUUGCUAGGAGCAGGUUUCGCCAUCGCCGAUGGAGUGAAGACUAGCGGCCUGGCUGAUGUGUUAUCCAAGGCAUUAGACUUCUUGGAAGAGGUACCAUACUUAGCCAUUGCACCUAUGGUGUGUCUGAUAAGUGCCACAAUCACUGAAUUCACUUCAAACAACUCAACCACCACCCUUGUGGUUCCUCUACUGAUCCAAAUUGCGAAGACGAUGCAUGUGCAUCCACUUCUCCUCAUGGUUCCUGGGGCAAUCGGAGCACAGUUUUCGUUCUUGCUUCCAACUGGAACACCUUCAAAUAUUGUUGGGUUCACUACAGGGCAUAUUGAGAUCAAAGACAUGAUCAAGACAGGACUGCCACUUAAGAUUUUUGGCAUUGCUGCACUAUCUCUUCUCAUGCCUACACUAGGAGCUUAUGUUUUCGGGACAAAUGGAGAAGUUUAAUAGCUGCAAACUGUAACAUAUAGUUAUGGAUGGUUCUUUCAAGUCAAGUCUCAUGGCAAGCAAAGAGACGCAAUGUGCAUGGAUGAUAAUUAAGCAGUAGGACUUAGCUGAGAUGUAGAAAUUUCCCUUUAGCUCUUAGAAAUACAGGAAGAUUAUUGUACAGUUUGCAAGAUAAAGAGAAGAGUACUGCUGCUACGACAAAAGCAGCCCUCUUAUCCUCCA